AUGGCUCCAAUUGCACGGAAUUGCUUACAAUCAAUGCUGAAGGUGGUGAAUGCUGGAAUAGGAAUGGUCGGCAUUGCCAUGAUUAUAUACUCCCUCUGGAUGCUUAGGGUUUGGAAUCGACACCUUGACUCCGAUUCUUCCGCCCCUUGGUUCAUAUACACAAUACUUGGGAUUGGGGUCACUUUGUGUUUGAUCACUUGUUCCGGUCAUAUUGCUGCAGAGACUGCUAAUAGCUGCUGCUUGUGGAUUUAUGUGGUUUUUGUCUUUCUGCUUCUUGUGCUGGAAGCUGCAGUGACUGCAGAUGUAUUUCUUAACCACGACUGGGAGGAGGACUUCCCGGAUGAUCAAACUGGGAAUUUUGAUCAGUUAAAGGAUUUCGUCAGACAGAACUUUGACACAAUCAAAUGGAUUGGCUUCACAGUGGUCGCAUUGGAGGUAUUAAGUAUGUUAAUGGCCAUAAUUCUUAAAGCUUUGGGACCUCAUCCUGAGAGAUAUUACGAAAGUGAUGAUGAUUACCCACCCGAAAGAGUGCCUCUAUUGAGGAAUUAUGUCCCUCCACCUACUCAUGUUGCUGGUGAUCAGCUGUAUGGGACCAACAAUGGUUCUUCAGUUACAAGGAUUAACAGUAAGGCAAGCAGAUGA